CCUUUCGAAAAUAACAUACAUCUGGGAGACAAUUACGCAUCGUAAAGGUAGAUGACAAACCAGAGGAAUUUUGACUAGUUUUGUAUCUGGAUACUGGACAUUUUGAAUACAGAUGUAAAUGAUGGGCGUUGUACACGUUUUCACUGCAAGGAGCAUACGGAUAUGGUGCAUGGCCUGGUAUAUCUCAUACAUAAUGUCUAGUGCAGAAGGGACGGUUGUUACCAUUUCCCUGGCCGAUCAGAAUCGGCUCAUGUUGGAGGCCGAGCUGGCGUGUCUAAACAAGAGUAUGAAUACGCCAAAACCGACAAUUGGUACCUACUGUAGCCUCGCUUGGGACACGAUAUCGUGCUGGCCGUACACGCGGGCUGGAGAGACGGUCUAUCAGACCUGCCCGAGUUAUGUCAAUCUAUUCGACAGUGCUGCGUCCGCCUCUCGAACGUGUACGGGGGCGGGGACGUGGUACAUACACCCUGUUCACAACGCCACGUGGUCCGACUACACCAAGUGUAUCCACAAAGAUGGUGGACAUCCCCUCAUAGCCGAGCAUAUGCAUCGUAUCACCAUGAUGUAUACCAUAGGGUAUGGAGCCUCCCUAGUUUCCUUGGUGAUGGCAGUGGCUAUCAUGCUUUACUUCCGAAAACUACGGUGUCCCAGGAACACCAUCCACGUCCAUAUGUUCGUAUCGUUUAUGCUGAGAGCAGCCAUAUCAUUCAUGAAGGAGAACAUGUUGGUGGAGGGAGUAGGAUUCCGUGCUGACGUCACAACAACACCAACUGGAGCAAUCCAGUUCAUACCGGAAGGAACACAUUGGCAAUGUAAGCUGUUUUUUACUGUGUUCCACUACCUGUUGGGUACCAACUACAUGUGGAUCUUUGUGGAAGGAAUGUACCUUCACACCCUCAUAUCUGUAAAUGUCUUCUCGGAAAGGAGUAGUAUCGUGUGGUUCGUCAUAUUUGGCUGGUUAUCGCCUCUCUUGUUCGUUAUACCCUGGGUAAUCGUACGGGCUACAUCAGAGGACAUAUUGUGCUGGAAUACCAAUCCUACUGCCGGAUAUUUCUGGAUAAUGAGGGGGCCAAUCGUAGCAUCUGUUGUCAUCAACUUCCUCAUCUUUCUCAAUACCAUAAGAAUACUGUUUACCAAACUUAAAGCAUUCAACACAUUUGAGGCGAGACAAUUCAGGUACAAGAAACUGGCCAAGUCGACAUUGGUUCUCAUCCCCCUUUUCGGUGUACAUUACAUUAUAUUUGUUGGACUACCAGAGGACGUCAGUGAGAUGGCAGAACUCGUCAAACUCUAUUUUGAGAUGUUUUUUAAUUCCUUCCAGGGUUUAUUUGUGACGCUGUUGUUUUGCUUCUUCAACGGAGAGGUUCAAUCAGAGAUUCGGAAAAAGUGGAGAAGAUAUCGACUUUCUCGUACAGGUGGUGACAGUGUAAACCGGAAGUCGAACACGGUGACAUCUUUUGUGUCUCGUACACGACGAGAGUCAGCGAUAUCGAACUCAAAUUCCGGUGAAUCAAAAGACUCUCAUCCACAUCUCAACGGAUAUAGUCAUAAAGACAAAAAUUGUAAUCAAAAACUUUUGCUUAGUAACGGCCACAAUGGCGACAUUAGCAGAAUCUCACAUUCCGAAUUUGAUGAAGAGGAGCCCAUGGUUACCUUUCAAUCAAAUAGUGAUAAUUGUCAGCAUCAGGAACAGGACAUCAUCAUGUGAAGGCGGUGCGUUCAAAGAGAUAUGGGUCGAAAGAUGAGCGUUUUAUAGAUUACAGAUGACUAUUAAUUGAGUGAGCGAGCGAAAGAAGAGAGAGAGAGAGAGAGAGAGAGAGAGAGAGAGAGAGAGAGAGAGCAUACGGGUAUUUGGAUUAUGUGUUCAGUAUUUUUAUUUUGUAUCUAUUCUAUCAGUUAUUUCUUUGUAGGAAGUCAUAUAUUGGUAUCGCAAUUAUAUUGAUAUCAAGACAAUUGUUCUACACGAAAAAAAUUGUAAAUGCAUAAUGUUUGUAAAUGUUACAAAUUAGACUUAAGUACGAGGUUCACAGUGAUGGAGACAUAGACUGCAUAACAAAGUAAUGAAGCGGGCCCUUUUAGACGGUGGUCCAAGUUUCGAUAUGUCAAUAGGAUUGGACACCAUACUUAAUAGGAUUUACAUCCUUUUCAAAUCUAAUCAUUUUACAUAAGAUAAGGUAAUAUACUAAGUAUGCAAUAUGACAUACAAAGGGAGCUAAUUCUGAUAUAACUUUUUUUUUUAAUUAAUGCUUACUUUGAUUUAUGUGUAGUGUGCAGAUGAUAUACGCAUUAUAUACAUUGUAUAACCAUACCAUGUGAUUGACGUCAUUCAUAAAAAAGAGGAACUUUUGAAAGACGGAUACGCAUGCAUAUAUGAACAAUGGUAUAGACUAAAGAACUGGGACCAGUGGACCUUGGGGUUGUUGAAUCACGAGUAGAUAGGAGGUCUAUCUAACGCUUUGGUCGAGGUAGUAAAUACGGUAGUGGUUUAGACAGUUUAAGUUCUA